AUCGGAUAAUAACAGACAAAAACAUCAAAAUAAUCGAUAACAGCUACUGUUGACCUAUCGUUGCUUGUACCAAAGUGCAUAGAUUACAAACAUCUGGAAAUUAAAUUGGCAUUCUUUAUCACGACCGGCAUUUUGUGUGGUAUCAGUGACAAAAUGACACAACAAAGCGAUCGGGACAUCAAUAAAGCUGACGUGCCAAAUGAAAAGGUAAACAGUUUUGUGCACAAAUCUCCAGUUAUGCGUAUUGCAAUCUUUGGCAUGUCGGAGCUAAUUAACACUCGUCUAUCGGAUGAAGCAUUGGAAAUCUGCCUGGAGCUGCUGGAAUUGGGUGUGCAUCCCAAGGCACUGGCCGAUGUGGUAUUACAUACCCUGGAUAUGAAGGAGAAACAUGCCGCGGGCCAACAUUAAUAGCUAAUUGAUUCCUGCCCUUAUCAAAAUGUUGAAUGUGAGACUUAAGAUUAAAGUAUAAUCAGUCGAAGUCUAGACACACCUUCCA